AAUCUGCCAUACUACCACACGGCAGAAGCUCCUAGAGACACCUUUUCCAAACGCCCAAUACCUUUCCAGCACCUUCUAGUACUCUCUCUCUCUCUCUCUCUCUCUCUCUCUCUCUCUCUCUGUGCCUCUCAUAUCUUAUAUAACAAACACAGAGACUUGGGUCUCCUCCAUUACAAAACGACGAACACGUAGAGUGCAGAAAACACAAAUGAAGCCCAUCGACGCCAAGAAAGACACGGUGACGAUCCGAGCGGUGAGCCACGACGAGGAGGGUCGAAAGAGAGAGGAGAAGACGGAGCUCCACACCCACAACGUCGACACAAUCAAGUACAUCGAGAAGAAGCUCGUCGACAAAGGCGUGCAGCGCCUCGAGCGCCACCCGAGAGACGGGACUGGGAUCGGGCAGCCGCAGCCGAAGUCCGGCCACGGGGGCAAGUACACUUGGGAGGGGCCUGAUGACGUGGCGGAGAAUGAGAUGGACCCGGUCCCACCGGCUAUUGAUGAGGGGGACCCGAACUACGUGGACGAGGUGGCGGAGGAGAGGAUUGUGAAGGGGGAGGAUGCUGACGUGGCGGGGUUGGUGGUGGGGAAGGUUGAGGUGGCUAAGGCUGCUGAGAACAGGGAGGGCGUUGCUAGGGUUGAGGUGGUUCCUCCUCACAACCACCUCGAAACUUAGUUGAUUUCUAACUCCCACCAGAAGUGAUGUGGUUUUGUUGACAAAAAAAGAAAAAUCAUGUAUGCUGUGUUUAAAUUUGUUGUCUAAAUUUAUGUAACUUUGAUUUUGUGCAUCUUUUUUGUACCGAUGACAUGAAAUGUUUUGAUAUAAGUUUGUUAACCACUUCCUCAAAAA